UGGGCUGAGUGGCGCGGGAGACAGACCCAGCGUGGAGGUGCUGGGGGCCACCCUUCGCUCUGCUGCGUUCCUCGGCGGCCGGCCCGUGGCAGCAUGGUGGAUGUGUUCAGCGGGCGGGUCCUGGUCAGCAAGGACGGCCGAAGCGUGGACCCCGAGGAGGCCUUGCAGAACAAGGUCGUGGGCUUGUACUUCUCCGCCGGCUGGUGUUCGCCAUGCCGCGACUUCACCCCCGUCCUCUGCGAGUUCUACACAGAGCUGCUAGAGGAGACUCAGCCCCCCGCCCCCUUCGAGGUUGUCUUCAUCUCUUCCGACCACAGCGCCGAGGAGAUGGACGGCUACAUGCACACUAUGCAUGGGGACUGGCUGGCCCUGCCUUUCCACGACCCCUACAAGCAUGAUCUGAAGAAGAAAUACAACAUUACAGCAAUUCCUAAACUCGUGAUUGUGAAACAAACUGGAGAAGUCAUUACUGACAAGGGAAGAAAACAGAUCAGAGACAAAGGGCUAUCCUGUUUUCGGAACUGGCUUGAGGGUGCAGAUAUCUUUCAGAAUUUUUCUACUUAGAAGCUGGCAGAUGAAAGCAAGACAAGGCAUCAUGGAGAACUUUGUAGAGCUCUGAGGAGACUUGCCUUGUUCAGAUCAAGAAGGGUAAGGCUUAUUUAUCUUUGCUUGUAAGCAAAGUUUGUUUUCAACUUGAAGAUCAGCUAUUCCAAUAAGUCAUAAAAUGCAAUUAUUGUUUUAUUUGUUCUAUCCACUAUAGUAUGUAUGAACCAAAGCAUUCCUGAUAAUACUAAAGAAUUCUGGAGGAUACGAUGUUUUAGACAUUAAUAAUGGAGCACUGUGAAAUAUAUGCAAACACUUACUUUGUAAAAUCUGUACAGUAAAAAUUAUACAUAUGCACAAACCUAUUUUUUCCUAAUGACAGUUUUUUU